AUGCUUAUCGACGGUGAAAAGUGGGCGUGUGAAGCUUGUGUCCGCGGCCACCGUGUGACCACCUGCAAACACAAUGACCGACCCCUAAUUCGCAUCAACCGCAAAGGUCGUCCCUUUGCGACCUGCUCCAUCUGCAACUGCACCCCCUGCGAAAGCCCCGAAGAGCACGCCAAGCUCAAACCGAGCUGCUGGCCGUUCCCCGCGACUCUCCGCCUCUCCGUCCACCUUUCUCCCCAUUGCCCCGAGGCCAUCCGUUUCCCCUAG